AAAAAUUCGUCCAACUAAAAAAAAAUUAUGUCCCUCUCCAAUUAUGUGUGGCAAAAUUAACCCCUUUCUCUCUCUAAGUUUUCUCUCUCUCCUUCUAUAUUGGGUUUUCUCCUCCGCCCUAUUUCAGACACAACUUGACUCCUCAGUCACUCCUGAGAGUAUCUAUAUUCAAUUUCCAGAGAGAGAAAGUAAGAUCGCCACAACCUACAAACAAAAACAAGAUAAGGAUGGGAAGAAGGAAGAUAGAGAUGAAGCGAAUUGAAGAUAAAAGCAGUCGUCAGGUCACUUUCUCUAAGCGCCGUUCUGGUCUCAUCAAGAAGGCUCGCGAACUCUCUAUCCUUUGCGAUGUUGAUGUUGCUGUUCUCGUCUUCUCCCAUCGCGGUCGCCUCUACGAGUUCGUCAGCGGUGCUUCGUCUUCUUCCAGUUUGUCUCAGAUUCUUAGGCGAUAUCAAGAUUCCACUGAUGGAAAAGCAUCAAACGUUGAUGAUGAAACUGAGGAUUCCCCGUCUACUUGUAUACAAGUCCAAACAUGCGGCGAGCUAGUGAAAACAGUUGAAAGGUAUGCAGAAGGCUCAGGUAUUGAGAAUCUUAGUCUAGAGGAUUUCAUGCAGCUGGAGAAACAACUAAACGAUGCCCUUGUACAGACUAGAAACCGAAAGGCUCAGCUUAUGCUAGAAUCUGUUGCUACACUGCGUGAAAAGGAGAAGAUGCUGACACAAGAGAAUGACCAGUUGAAGGACGAGGUUGCUAAAGUUAAGGGCAAUCUCAACAGGGGAAACCGUACAGAUUUAGAGUUGAAUGGCGUGAUGGAAGAGGGUGCACUUAUACAAUGCCCUGAGCCAGUGAGAACACUUCCUCUACUUAUCGAGGAGGGUGAAUGCCCUGAGCCAGUGAAAACACUUCCUCUACUAUGGUAGCAAACCAGCAAGCUAUUUGAGUCGUGAGGCAAAGCAUUGGGAACGUUUUUUUUGCACUGGUCAUGCUAACUGGGCUAUAUCUCUCUAUAAGAUGAAAGCUCCUUAUUUUUCCGAUGAGGACUCGCAAUCUAUUCGUUUCCCUUGUCUCCGAUUGUAUAACUAUGAUUGUCUUGUUUAUACCUAUUUAUUAACUACUUGUACUAUACUAAACCCGUGUAAUAAGGUAGAUUCAGUGUAAUAAAUCAGAAUUUGGUAGACAUGGUGAGGAUUAAUGUACGGUACACAUAUGGUCAACUAA